AUGGAGAAUAGAGAGGAGGAGCUGAAGAGUAAAGGGCCAGAACCGAGAAGUGAUGACGCAGAACCGAGGAGAAAAGAGGCAGAACCGAAGAGCAGAGAGGCGAAGGUGGAGUUCGACAUCGAUAUUGACGCGCUUCUGGCGGCGGCGAGCGACGACGACGAGCUGGAUGACGUGGACGACCUCGAGGAGGGCCUGUGGGGCGGACGCAGCCUGGAGGAGAUCCUGAAUGACGUGUCAGAUGACGACGAUGACGUGGCAGGUACUGGUGUCGAAAGCUUGAAAACUACACCGGAAUUGGACGUUUUUGUUCAGAAUACGACAGCUGAAGCAGCAGUUCUGUCUUCUAACGGGGAUAGCAGUCCCUCUCUGACGGUGUCUCGUUUGGAAUCAGCCUCCUCUUUGAUAGGAAACCCGACAGUCACUCUAAGCCCCUCUUCGGCCGCGUCCUAUGGCUCGUUGCCACGUGGCCCUGGUGGAUCAGGAAGCCCUGGAAGCCCUCAGUCAUUGGACGGUCGAGAUCUGUCGUUCGGGCAGUGGGAAAACGGCGGGAUUGGGUUGAACCAGGGAAAGGGGAUUGAAGCCGCGCAGAAGCCAGAUGUAGGCGCGGAAAUCACGGAUUUGAAGGGAGGGAAUUCAAAUUUUGUUUCGUUUGAAGCCAUACUGAGACCGCCUAAUGGUGAAGAUGAGCUCUUGGAAGAGGGGGCAAGGAGGGAGAAGGAGCAAGGGGAGGCGGAAACAGGUGGAGAGGGGGAGGAGGGCGAGGGGAAGGAGGGAGAGGGGAUGCAGUGUGAUGUGCGGGAGCCGUCUUUCGGGCAGUGGAAGGGGAGUGAUAAUAAAGGGAGUGUCAUUAAGGGGAGUGACAGUAAGGAGAGUGUCAUUAAGGGGAGUGACAGUAAGGAGAGUCUCAUUAAGGGGAGUGACAGUAAGGGAGGUGUGAUUAUGAUGAGAGAGAUUCGUGACACAAUUGAAGGGGACGAAGGGGUGACAAUUAGCAGAGCAACCCAGCUGCAGCAGCAGCAGCAGCAGCAGCAGCAGCAGCAGCAGCAGCAGCAGCAGCAGCAGCAGCAGCAGCCACCAGUUACACACAUGCCAGGAGGGGGAGGAGGAAACGAAGCACAAGGGGAGGCACGAGGAGUAGAGGCAAGGCAAGGGGGGGGAGAAGGAGGGGUAAGAGGAGGAGGGGGAGGGGAGAAGGGGGAGGGGGUAGCGGAGGAGGUGACAACGGGAGAAGUGAUGAUGGUGACUGAUAAAGUGCUGCUGCUGGUCCAAGUCCUCCCGAAGUUCGCCCCCAUAUGCACACUCGACCUGCUGCCAUACGCCCUGGACCCCAACAGCACCGCCCUGCCCUACGCUGCCUGGCGCUGGGGGCUCUCCUUCCGCCGCGCCCCUCCCCCUCCCUCCCCGCUCCACAAACCCGCCGCCUCCCGCCUCGUCCCCUCCUCCUCCACCCCCUCCUCCUCGUCCUCUUCACCCCCCUUCUCCUCCUCGUCUCCCUCCUCCUCGUCUCGAGUGAAUCCCUCUGUUCCCACGCCUCUGGUGCUCCCUCGCGCAUCUGCUAGCGCCAGCACCAGUGGCAGCGGCAGCAGCACGAGCACCCGUGGGGGAAGAGAGGGCGGGAGAGGGAGCAAAGGGGUUGAGCCAGGGUUCGGUGGUAGUGGGAUGGGGACAGGGGAGGGGAGCAGGGGUGGCGGAGAGAGGGCUGGUAGUGGGGGCAGUGGGAGGAGUAGGGUGGAUGGAAGGGUACGAGGAGGAAGUGUUGACUCGGCAUCAUCGGCUUCACCCCGGUCAUCCCCACCACCACCAUCAGCAGCAGCUGGAGGAGCAGCAGCAGCGGGGGGAGGAGCAGCAACAGGGGGGGGAAGAGGAGGGGGAGCAGCAGGAGGGGCAGCAGCGAGGGGGCCGUGGGUGCAGGAGAAGGUGUUUGCGCUGGGGUGGGGGCGGGUGGUGCUGGUGGUGAGUGUGUUUGGGCGAAGCAUGGAGGUGAUUCACCGCUGGGAUGUGCACUCCACUGUCGCUGGCCUCGCAUGGCUGGACCACCAGGUUCUCCUCAUCCUCACAGCCUCGGAGCACUUUUGUCUUUUCUCGCUGGGCGGCCAGCCAAUCAAGCGCCAGCCCUUGCUACACUACGACUCGGACUCAGAUUACAGCAGCUACAGUGCCGCCGGCCACGGCCGUUUCGGCCUGGUCUUCCACCCCUUUUUGUCUCGUAGCGGCCGCCCGAUCCCCUCGUUCCAGAACAGCGUCGCUGCCUGGAGCAGCGGGGCGGCGGCGUUUGUCCUCUUGCAAGGGGGCGGCAUGGUGGUGCGGGCGCACCUGCUGUCAUGGAAGGAGAGAAUCAAAUCUCUGGAAGCGGCCGGCGACUGGAUGAAUGCGCUGCACACUGCAAUGGAGAUAUACCAAGGGAGGGCGGUGGGCAUAACAGGGUUACCAUGCGACCCGGACGAGCUAGCAGCAGAAAUGGGGGCUCUCCUCUUAGCAUACAUAGAGCAGCUGCCCCUGCUGUUCGGGGCUGUGUUUGACAAGUUCACUCAGAGAGGGCAGCGAGGCAUUUUCCUGGAGCUCCUAGAGCCAUACAUCCUCACAGACCACCUCAGCACGCUCCCUCCUGAGGUGAUGCAAGCGCUAGUGGAGCAUUACAGUGAGAGGGGGUGGCUGUCACGCGUGCAGCAGUGUGUGCUGCACAUGGAUAUCGCCUCGCUCGAUAUCAACCAGGUGGUGCGCUUGUGCCGUCAACACAGCCUGCACUCUGCCCUCAUCUACCUCUUCACUCGCGCCCUCGCGGAUUUCGUCUCGCCAGCCCAGCAGCUCCUCUCCACCCUCCUCGCCUCCUCCUCCUCCUCCAUCUCCUCCUCCUCCUCCACCUCCGGAACUCACAGCAGUGGUUCGGGGGGGGAGAGGAGUCGGGAGAAGCAGAGGCAUAAGAAGCAGGAGGGGGAGAAUAAAGAGGAGAGGGAGGAGGGCCGGCAGUGCGGCUACCGCCUGCUGCUCUUCCUCAAGCUCACCUUCUCCAGCCUCAACUUCCCUCCAGGCAGUGGCGCAAUCUCCCCGUCUCUCCUACCCUCAGCCCAAGCCGAACUCCUUAACUUCCUCCUGAAACCCCACCGCCCACCCCACCACCGCUCUGCCUCUCUCUCCCCCUCCUCCCACGCCCUCCUCUGCUCGCCCCUCGCUCGCCUUCUUUCCUUCGAUCCCCGCGCCACACUUUCUGUGCUGCGCGUGAUUCUCCGCUCUGUGUCCAUACUGGAUCAGCCACAAACGAGUACAGAGCAGCCCAUAACGAGCGAGGAUUCGACGCUGGUGAAUGGUAGGGGUGCGGGUGCAGCUUAUAACGAGGAUGCUACUGUAGAUCCAGCCGCUGGUGGUAGACUUGUUUAUACUUUACUAGAAAUAGUUCGCUCCUGGUGCGAGGCUGCGGAUGCAAUAAGGAGUAACGAGGACUCCAAUAAGGGAGGAAACGACACUGUAGCUGUAGGUUCGGAUGCAGGCUCGGAACAUGGCUCGGAUGUAGGUCUGGGACUAGGCUUGGGCUUAGACAGGCUCGGGGAUGCAGCAGGCAGGGUGCUCGAGCUCGUGGCAGAGGCGGCAGCAGCGGGGAAAGUGGAGCUAGACCGAACCUCCCUUAACACAAUCUUUGUGUAUCUUACAUCUGCGACUGUCACCUUUGAUCUGCACGCCCUGCCCACUGCCUCUGCCACUGAUGGUGCUGAUGCUGAUGCUGGUGCUGGUGCUGAUGCUGGUGCUGGUACUCCUGCUGUGAGUAAGGGAGCUCUGUCCGCUGCUUCUCUAGGCUCCUCUAUCCCAAAGCUCAAGGAGACUGUACAGAAGAAACGUUCCUCCUCCUCCACCUUGUCACCCGCCUCUUGCACUGCGCUCGCUCUCCCUUCCCCCUCUGUGAGACGGGCUCAGAGGGAGGAGCGGAUGGAGGCGCUGGUGAUGGCUCUGCCCGGCUCCUGUGGUGUGGAUUUCAACGCUCUCCUGCCCCUGGCGCUGCAAGCAGGCUUCCACCAGGUGUGUGCGCGUCUAUUCAUGCGAACACACGGCAUGCUCGGCAUACACCAAGCGCUCUCCUCCCUCCUCACAGACUCCCACCACCCCGACAUGCCCUUCCGCCUCAUCCAAAAGGCAGCCCUCGCUCUCACCCGUAGGCACGGGGUGGUGGGUGGGGAGGAGGGUGCUGCGCUGCGAUUGGCCGUCCGACGCCACCUGGCGCAGCUGGUGCGGCUGGACGGCGGCACUUGUCUGUAUGUGGCGCUGGGGCUGCUGCGUCUGGAUUUGGAUUUGAUUGUGAGUGCAGAUCUCGCCGGCCGGCCACAGCUGCAGUUUGCCCUGCUGCGAUCCCUCUUCUCGUCCCAUUCGCAUCCUCCUCCUCCUCCGCUUUUGCUGCUCCCAUUGCUGCCGGCACCGGCAGGUGUAUCAGCAUCAGCAGGCCCUAAAGCAACAUCAGAAGUUCCAAAAACAGCAGCAGGGAAAGGAACAGCAGCUGCUGCUGCUGCUGCUGCAGCACCACUGCAAGCAGGAUCAGAACGAGAAGGAGGGGAUGAUGGGUUGGGGAUGGAGGGAUGGGAGGAGCAGAGGAAGCAGCUAGCAGCAGCAGCAUCCCCACGAAUGGUAGAGCUUUAUAUCGAGCUGCUCUGUAUCUACGACCCUCUCGCCCUGCUGCCCUUCCUCCAAUCGCCUCUCGCCACCUGUCGCCUCGACCGCUGCCUCCGCGUCUGCCUCGCGCACAUCUCCCCGGCGCUCGCCGCGCUGCCACGUCAGCCCAUGCCAGGUCAGCAGUCCGGGCCUCCACAGGUGCCACGUCAGCAGGCGGGGGGAGAGCCAGUCCUGAACUGCCACAUCAGCGCUGCGGCACGGGUGCUGCUGGAGCGAAUGGGGUUGGUUUAUGAGGCGCUGGCCCUGCUGCUGGUGGAAUUGCACUGCUGCUUGCGAGCUCUGGAUAGAGGGGUUGCUGGGAUGAUGAUGAAGGCGAGGAGGAAGAAGAGGAGGAUGGAGGUGAUGGGGAGGAGUAUAGCGGGGACAAUGGCUGAGGGGUCUGAGAGUGAGGCGGGGAGGAGGGGAGAGGGUGAAGGUGGUGGUGAAGUGAGGGCUGUUCCGAAGGGAAGAUCGGAUCUAGAGCAUAGAGAAGAGGAAAGGAAGAGGAGGAGGAGGAUGAGGAGGAGGAUGAGGAGGAAGGAGAGCGGCGGGUUGAUGACACAAGUGCUGCAGAUGGAAGAGGUGCGAGUGCUACUAGCCAUACAGCACGAGGCACUGGCUCUCUGUGCGCGCAGCACGGCCAGGCUGCCUCACUGGCAGUGCCGUGCCAUGUGGCGAACCCUCCUUGACUGCUUCCUCCUCCCCCUCAGGGCCCUCCCCAUUCCAUCUGCUCCUCCAGCCAUUACACCUGCACACCCCUCCCCAUCACACGCGCCCCCCAACCGCUGGCAUUCGCUCUACUCACACCUUCUUACAGUCACAGGGGCGUCUGGCGCAGCAGCGGCAGGCAGGAGCGGGGUGCAGUUCCCUGCAGGUGAUUCCUCAGCCACUGUAGCAGAGAUGGCAGGGAUGGUACCUCUGCCAGUCAUUGCCGCUUGGCUGCUUGGUGCUGGCGAUAGGCAGAGAGACGGGGAAGGGGGACGAGAUCUCAUGAAAGGAGGUGAGGAAGGAGGGAGAGAUCUAUUGCAGGCUAUGAUUUCUCACGACUCUCAAAAAGCAACCAUAAGGGAUACAGGGGUGAGCGACGGCUGGGGUAUGGGGUCGGACGAAAGGGGGACGAGGAUGGGCGGAGACAGGAGGGAGGGGGUAUCGAGGACAGCAGGGGACGUGGUGGGAGGGCUUCUGGAGAUUUUAAGCUGGGCAGGGUCGGACCAGCAGCUUUUGGCUGCUGCUUCCCGGGCAGCCAAUACAGAUUCUUUCUCCCACUGCUCCUCCCUGCUCUCCCUUCUGCAGCACCCCAUCCGUCCCUCCUCCCGCUCCUGCCGCCUAUGCUCCACUGCCCUGGAGUGCUUGCAGCGGCGCCAACAAGACAGCUUCUUCUUCCCUCCCCCUCACCAGUGCCCUGCCUGCGGCGCCUCUGCCACCCGCCUUGCCCCCUCGCACCUCUCCUCUCCCGCUGCUCCUCCUGCUGCCAUUGCCGCCUCUUCUGCUGCUCAUGCCGCCAGUUCUGGUGCUCUAGGUGCGCCAGUUCUGGGUGGGGGCAGUGGGUUGGCUGCUGCUCUGCUGGAGGCAACAGAGGAGAGGGAUGGAGAGAGGGGAGGGGCAAGAGGGGCGUCGAUAGCACCGUCGGCUGCGGCUGGUGGGACCUCUGCUGCAGCAUCCUCUUUAUCAUCGUCCUCGAUAAGCACAAGGCUUCUCACACUAGAAGCAUCCAGGAAACAGCAGCAACAAGACGAGUCGUGCCGGCUGAAACUUCCGCUCUGCUCCUCCCCCACCAUGGACGAGCUUCACAAAAUUCCUGGUAUGAAUUCCGGUCCCCCUCCUCCCACCAUGGCCGAAUUUCAGAAGAUGGGCCUCCCGGAGGUUCAGGAGCGCAUCGACCAGCUGUACGGCGAUCGCAAUGCGAAGAACUUUCGCGAAGGCCUCGGCAAGGGAUUGGUGUCCGUCGGUAAGGGCGUGUUCGCCGGCGUCGGAGGGCUCAUCGUGGCGCCGGUCGCGGGGCUCGUGCAGCAAGGCGGCGUCGGGCUUAUCAAAGGAACCUUUUUAGGGGUUGCAGGUGCCGUCGUUUUGCCGACCGUUGGGAUCGUGCAAGGCGUGCGGCAGCUGGGCGAGGGGAUUAAGAACACUCCCGACGCGGUUCGGGAGAUGAUGAAAAAGGAUAAGUGCGAGGAGGAGGCGGAGAAAUCGGAGGUAGUGGAGGAUGCCGAAGCGGAUAAGGUCAACGAAGAGACGUACUCGCACACGCGCGAAGCUGUUGAGAAAGUCGCGCUCGAAGACGAAGCCGCGAAAUCCGCCGCGAAAUCAGCGGAACCUUCCGAAGCCGCCGCGGCGGCGCCCGCGGAAAAACGGGAGAAGCGGGAGGUUAAGGAGGAGGAGCUGUAUGUGGCUCUGGAGGUUUCGACCGACGCGACGUCCGCGGAGAUCAAGAAGGCGUACUUUAAGCUAGCGCGUACGUGCCAUCCCGACAAGGUCCCUGACGACGAAGCCGCCAAGGCCAAGUUCCAAGCCAUCGGCGAGGCGUACCAAGUCCUCAUGGACCCCGAGACGCGCGAGAAGUACGACCAUUACGGCCGCGCCGCGCUCGACGGCACCUUCAUGGAUCCCGGCUAUUUCUUCACCAUGUCCUUCGGCGCGGAGAAGUUCAAGCCGCUUGUCGGAGAGCUUACUAUCGCGCACACGGCGGCGGGGAAUCUGACAGUAGAGGAGGUGAAGAGGUGGCAGGUGAAGAGGGAGAAGGAGCUCGCGGCGAUUCUGGUGAAGCGGCUGGAGCCGUGGAUGUCGGGCGACGAAGAAGGAUUUGUGCGCGACGCCGUGAAGCAGGUGGAUGAGCUCAAGGGCGAGGCGUUUGGCGUCGCGUUCCUGCAGUGCAUCGGCUAUACCUACUACACGCGCGCGCAAGUGCUGCUGGGCAUGACGGUGAUGCUGGGCAUUCCGAACUUCGUGAAUGCAGCCAAGGAGUCCAACCACGCGAUGAAGACUCGCCACAACGCCAUCGGCGCUGCGUUCAAGCUGUCGGACAUGCAGGUCACGGUGGACCCCACCAAGCUUCCCAGCAAGCAAGCAGGCCAGGGUGCCCCCCUUGCAAUGCUCCCUCCAUCCCGUGCUCACUCCAUUCCUUCCUCCCCACCAGGCUGUCGGACAUGCAGGCUGUCGGACAUGCAGGUCACGGUGGACCCCACCAAGCUUCCCAGCAAGCAAGCAGGCCAGGGUGCCCCCCUUGCAAUGCUCCCUCCAUCCCGUGCUCACUCCAUUCCUUCCUCCCCACCAGGCUGUCGGACAUGCAGGCUGUCGGACAUGCAGGUCACGGUGGACCCCACCAAGCUUCCCAGCAAGCAAGCAGGCCAGGGUGCCCCCCUUGCAAUGCUCCCUCCAUCCCGUGCUCACUCCAUUCCUUCCUCCCCACCAGGCUGUCGGACAUGCAGGCUGUCGGACAUGCAGGUCACGGUGGACCCCACCAAGCUUCCCAGCAAGCAAGCAGGCCAGGGUGCCCCCCUUGCAAUGCUCCCUCCAUCCCGUGCUCACUCCAUUCCUUCCUCCCCACCAGGCUGUCGGACAUGCAGGCUGUCGGACAUGCAGGUCACGGUGGACCCCACCAAGCUUCCCAGCAAGCAAGCAGGCCAGGGUGCCCCCCUUGCAAUGCUCCCUCCAUCCCGUGCUCACUCCAUUCCUUCCUCCCCACCAGGCUGUCGGACAUGCAGGCUGUCGGACAUGCAGGUCACGGUGGACCCCACCAAGCUUCCCAGCAAGCAAGCAGGCCAGGGUGCCCCCCUUGCAAUGCUCCCUCCAUCCCGUGCUCACUCCAUUCCUUCCUCCCCACCAGGCUGUCGGACAUGCAGGCUGUCGGACAUGCAGGUCACGGUGGACCCCACCAAGCUUCCCAGCAAGCAAGCAGGCCAGGGUGCCCCCCUUGCAAUGCCCUUAAAGCCCAUCUUCUGCAGCAGUUUAAAGCCGAUGUUCGAUGGCGAGUUCCCCAACCCGUUCGACAAUGCCGGCGAUUUCGAGCUCGGCUUUCCCGUGCGAAGCCUCAAAGAGCUGUUGCUGUGUCGCGUCAUGGGUCAGAUUCGGGAGAAGCCGGAUUGGAUGCGGAAGGUGACGGACGACGAAAUCGUCAAGAGAUGGAAGGCGGAAUUGACGGAGCCGGCAGCGGUCGUCCAUCCUGACGGUUUCAUCGACGCCAGCAAGGAGUACUGGAGUGCGGAGGAAGCUUCGGCCGUGCUUUCGUUCCUGAGGGAGACCACAACGCGGCCUGUCAAGAUCGACCCUGCUCUCUUCGCCUACGCAAUCUCUGAGCUACGCUGGCUCGUCUCCUCCCUCUCCUCCUCAUCCUCCUCCCCUCCCUCUUCUCCACUCUCCUCUCUCUCCCUCCACGGGAAUCCCAAGGUCCUACCCUCCGCAGUAGACGGCGUAUUCAUCUCCCCAGACCCCCCAUUCGACCCCUCACUCAAGCAACUCUUUUUAGACGGAAUCACCACGCUAGAAUCAGUUCCCGAGGAUCAAAUCGACUACCACCCAGGCUCAAAUCACCAAGUAGUCGAUCUCAUUCACCCCAGCCUGCAUUGCCUGGUCUUUGGUCGCACUAGAGUCAUCCAGGAUCCGCCCAACGACCUUCAGAUUCUGCCCUGGGAUGAGCUGGUUAGCAGCUUGGGAGAGGUGGCUCGGCCUAUGCCGCCCGGCCAGCCGACCCGACCGGUGUUUUACCCAACCGGGAAUCAUUCGUACCUCUCGGAAAAGUUUCAGUGGCUGCCCGCCGAGGUGGAUGUUGCAGCUGACAGGCAGAGUGCAAAGUUUCGGUCGUAUAUUAAUAACCUGCAUCCGCAUGAAUUUGCGGGGAUGUAUCGGGGCUUGGAGCAUAUUUUUGCCACUGCGUUUGUGCCGUUGUUUAACAAAGUGCUGACAGAAGCGGUCCGGCAGCGACGAGAGCGAUUUGACUAUGAUAUUUACGGGUGGUAUGAUGAGUGGAAGGGCGAGAGGGAAUACGACAAGGACGACGACGACGACUACCACCAGUGGCUGGUGGACCGGCAGCCCAAGCAGCCAGACACCCCUGCAGAGUUCUCGCCCCCAGUGCCUCCCUCCCCUGGGCACGUGGUGGAUCUGAAAGGGCGGCGACUGCAGGUGGUGGUGAAGGUGGCGAGCAUUCAGUUGACUCCUGAGAGCCCGAGAUACCCUGGGGGUACUUGGCAUGUGGAGGGCAUGAGGAAUGAGCAUAUUGUGGCCACAGGCAUCUACUAUUUCGACUCUGACAACAUCACUGAGUCGCGCCUUCAGUUCAGAAUCACCGUUGCCGAACCAGACUACGACCAGAACGACAACAAAGGCGUGGCUCGGAUAUACGGCCUGGUGGACGACGGACCUCUCACCCAACCUCUAGGCUCAGUCCGGACCGACAUCCCGAACCUCUGCCUCGCCUUCCCAAACCACUUCCACCACCGCGUCGCGCCGUUCGAGCUACAGGACAAAACCCGCGCCGGCCACCGGAAGAUUCUUGUCUUUUUCCUGGUGGAUCCGCGGGUGGCGAUUGUAUCCACUGCGCGCGUGCCACCUCAGCAGAUGAGCUGGCAGAGGAGGGAGCUGGAGAGAAAAGGCCACCCGUGUUCGGUCCUGCCUGGGUUAGCUCUUGAUUUGAUUGCACAGGGAGUGGGUGGGGGAGAGGGUGGGGAGGAGGGUAAGGGAGAAAGUAGUGGUGUGGAGAGAGGUGGGGAGGAGGUUAGGGUUGACGAGGGAGGAGAUGGAGGAGAGGGUCAAGGUGUGAAGGAAGAGAGCAGGGGUGUAGAUAGAGAGAGCAGGGACGGCAGGGGCACAGCAAUGACAAUGGAAGAAGCAAAGAAGAAUCGGGAGGCUCUGAUGGAAGAGAGGAAGGCGCUGGUGCAGCUGGCCAAUGAGGAGCUCUUUGAACGGCCCUUCUCGCUCUGCGAACACUGA